GUGAAGUUUACAAACUUUCUUUACUCAGAAAACUUGAUAUCAAUCAUCAGUUUACUUAUGACCUUAUAAGUGCAUAUAAAAUUUAUAUACAAAGAAGAGCUGCUUUGAUAUAUAGACAUGUAGAAUUCUACAAACAAAUAGGUUAUACUUUGUUAAAUGAUGAUGAGACAUUUAAUAUAUAUAUGAAUUUGUACUCUGAUAACAUGAUGCAAAUUCAAGAAGAAAAUG